UAUGUCUACAAUCGAAAAAGCUAUUUAGAAAUAAAGAAAAUUAAGCCACGAAUUCGAGUUCACACACAAUUCAACCGAAAUUGAUUCAAAUGCAUCAUUCUUUGAAGAAGAGAGAAGUUAAGAUUUUGAAUAUAGUGACUUAUCUUAAAAAGAAGACAUAUCAGAGAGUUGGGAAAUGUCCUCUAUUUGUACAGAAAAUGUAUACACAUGCUAUUUAAAAAAUUAGUCCAUUUUACCACCUUAAAGCUUAGAAAAUAUAACUAAUUUCAAUAGUAGUUGGCCCCAAUAUUCUUAAGUAGCACCUGUUAGAGAAGAAUUUGCCUAAAAAAGAUUUGAAGAUACCUGUAAAGGUAUAAAGAAUAAUAAUUUUUAAACUGGCAAGGGCAUUGCCAUUCACGUGCUUGGACAAGGAUCCAUAGGUAAAUCAAAUAAGAAAGGAAAAAAAUAAGCAAAAAGCAAUAAAAAACAAAUUCAGAAUCUUAAUAAUCAAAUAAAUAUAAAUAAUUAUAAUAUUUCAUAAGAUUAACAAUCAUAACAAUCGUAGUCCUCAAAUUUUAAUUCCAAUUCAUAAUUAGUUUCUUAAUAGAAUAAAUAAAUUUGUUAGAAUUAAAAAGUUAUAUUAGCAUAUCUAAUGGUUGAAAGUGAUGUAUUAAAACAAGCCUAACAAAGAGCUUAAAACUUUAUUUAAAAAUAUAUGCCAAAUAAUAAUAAUAAAGAGCUUUAAAUUAAUAUUUAGGAGGCCUAUAAAAUUAUGUUACUUCCAGAUUAGAUCAUUGGGUAGCUUGUGUAAGUUCUAAGUUAAGAAGAACUUCAGAUGUAGCGAAAUUUGGCUCUGAAUCGACUGAAUUUACAACGUAAUAAUCAUCCAUUAGCUGCCAAGGCGGCAGAUAAGAUAAGGAUGCAUUUUAAAAAUAGUAAUUGAG